CUCAUACAUCAGGCAAUUCUGAUAUUUGAGGUAUUGCAUCCUGGAUGUAUUAGAGUUUUUUGCUUUAAUCAAUCAACAAACCAUAAUGCUAUAGCAGCUGAUACACUUAUUGCAUCAAGAAUGAACAUGAACUCCCAAAUGAAACAGCUUACAAUACAUAAUAGUUGGUAUGUUAAUGAGUAUAGUAAUAAGAUUGAACAUUGA